GUCGAAACAGGGCGCUAUUUGUUCUGCUCUGAGUUCUACACAAGGAACUUUUACUUUUAAAAGAUGCUGUUGAAAUUCCUUCUGAUUUACACUGUCCUGUUGUGUUUGUUUCUCAUGAGUCUUUCCUUGGAAAAUGUAAAGAAAAAAACAGAAAAGAUAAGGAUGAGGAAAGUUCAGAAGGGGGAGCAAAUGAAAAUCGUCCAAUCUGGUAAGAAGUUGACCACGAUCAUAAGAGCCAGCAAGAUGUUAAAUCGGACGAGAGGAACUGGACCUAGAGAUGAUAUGGGCUGCACCAGCAUUGGAGGCAUCUGUCAGUGGAAUACCUUCAUCUGUCAGGGCAGAUACCUGAAGGACAAAUGUCGGGAAGAGAAAUCACACCAGUGUUGCACGCCAGCUGCUGCAUGGAGUACAUUCUGUGCUGGCAGUCAUCAUAACAGGGUGCGAGCCUGUGACAAAUAUGGCUGUGGCGGCUUUAACUCCAAAAGGAUGGGGUUAACCAUAAAAGCAGUGGAUAUUGUGUGUGAUGAUUAUGGCAUCAUCAACGCUCCUUUUUCUGGAAGUCUGAGCGGUCCUGUUGGCAGAACAGUGGGUGACUCCAUUCAGUAUGAUGGUGUUAAGCUGUAUAACACAGUGCACUGUGUAAAGAUCUUCAGCAUCCGUCCAUAUAGUUACUCUGGGUCUGUUGUUCAGGGAGAGGCCAUGGGUUACCUGUUACCCCUACAGGACCGUUUUUCUGGCAUCACUUCACACCUGCAGCUUCAGAUGUGUGACGGAUCUGAUCCCGCACCCUUCAUAUGAGACACAUUUAUGGAACAUUUAAUCAGUGAUUCAUUAGGAAGCAUAAUGCAUGGCUUUAAACUUCAUUUAAAUAAUCAGGACAAACAUACUGUUUUACAACAAGUACAAACAUAAAAUAAUUUCAAAAUACUUUGGUAGUUGACGUGAAAUAUAUUUGGGAUGUUGACACUUUGACACAUGUCAUGUGGUGUCACAUGCUGUACUUUAAUUAUUUUAUAAUUAUCAUGUAUGCAGCUUUUAUGACCUCAAAUUAACUGAGGUACUACAUGGAAUAUUUGUGUAUUAUAUAAUAUUGUACCACAAGAUGGCAGCACACAUCUACAGAAUCACAGGAACAGAUUUCCUCCCGCCAAGUACACUACAAGUAGUGCUGUUUUUGCGUUGUCAUCAUUAAAACCUCUUA